AUGUCUUCCGCCGUCACCUCCUCUGCCAUUCCUCUACAGAAGCCUACCUAUUCUCGGUUCACUACGGCUCCGGCUCUAGACACUAGUCAUCCUCAACUGUCGCGCACUUCCUCGCCACACUCGUCCGCUUGUUCCUCCCCCAACGGUUCCAGAUCCAGCAGUCGCCGUCGUCCGUCGUUUGGUUCGAUCAAGGAGGACGUCGACGGCAUUGCUCAAUCGUUCGUCGAUACACACAUCACUCAGUCUCCCACAGAGCAGACCAAAACCACAUCGCCCCUAGCGAUUGAUAUGCAACACACACCUGAUUUCUGUUGUCCCUGCGGUGGUUUUCUGGGUUGGAAGCAGAUUCGACUCGGAGGAAAGAGUCUUAGCAGGAGCUAUGGGGAUCUUCGCGCAUUGGGGGCUAUGCACACUCGGGGUUGGGCGUGGGAGAACAAUGCGGUGGUGAAUAAUCCUCCCGUGAAGACGCUGCAAUCCAAGUCUCAGAAACCCCCUCCAGGCUCCUCGCGGCUAGAGAAACUGCCCCCAGAAGUUCUCGGUGAGUUUCCCGUCUGCAUGCUGGAUAUCAGCUCAUCCACUGACAAUGUCACUGCAGAUCAAAUCAUUUCCAACCUGGCGUUGGAUAUCCCGCCUAAUGGGUACACACCACGGAAUGUUGACCUGGUGUCGUGCCUCCUGACUUCCCGUACGUUGCACGCUGCCACACUCGGGGUGUUGUACAGAAACAUGACCUUCCCGCAUUCCAUCAUCUUUUCCAAGGCUCUCAACCACAUGUUGCAGUAUCCCGCGCUCGGAACCCUCGUGCGUCGUCUGGACUUUUCCCACUUCACCUCCGUAGGACUCGGACGCACCAAGCAGAUGAAUGCAGAAAUCCAGAACCUCACCUCCAAGACGCUGCUGAAAUGUUUGGAUCUCCUGCCAAACCUCAAGGAAUGUCUGCUCCAGGAGCAUGUGGAGGGUGAUAUCAGCGUGGAAAUCGUGCAGAAGAUAUUCACCGGUUUGCCCAACCUGCAGGGUGUUGACUUUUGCGGUUGUGCGACCCAGUCAUUCUCGGCGGUUUUCCAAGAGGCCUUGAUCGCAGGGCCGGGUCUCCCCCUGAGCCUGCCGAAUCUCAAGCGGGUGUCCCUGCACGAGUGCAGCAGUCUGCCUCCAUCUACCUUCGAGGUCCUUCUCCCUCGUCUGAUCAACCUGACCCAUCUCGAUGUCACACACACGCAGAUCAGCGAGGCGGCGCUGUUCUCCAUCCCCGAGACCGCACAGAUCACUCAUCUCAGCCUGUCCCGCUGCACUCGGUUGAAGGGUUCGAGAGUGGUCGAGUUUUUGACCACGCAUCCCGCCGUGUGCAAUACGCUGGUGUACCUCAACCUCCUGACCGAUCCCACUCGCUACCGGAUUCUCGAGGAGGAGGAUGUCGCUGCUCUUCUUCCUCGGUUGCCCAAAACCCUCCGCUCGCUGAACCUGGGAGGUGCCAAGAUCACUUCUGCUCAUGCGUCUGCCCUAGUCCCGUUGACCAAGCAUCUCGAGGAGCUCGGCUUGAGCUCGGCGGAUCUGUCCUGCAAAGACCUCAAUAUGUUCUUCGCUCCGCCUCCAGCGUCGGACAACGCGGACUCGACCCAGGCGCAGGAACCUUGGGAGCCGUCCUCGCUGUGCUACCUGGACCUCAACAAGGUCACGCAGUUGUCGAUCGGCACCAUCUUUAACACCAAUACAUGCUUGCUACUUUCACAGCAGAGUUAUCCUCUGCAAGUCAUUGAAUUCAGUGACAAGAUCAUUGCUCCCCUGAGGGAGAGAAUAAAGAACAGCCGUGCCUCCAGCGGCUGGACCAUCCGUGAGCUUGGCAGACGAGGCUGGUACGUGCGUGACCCUGCAUCUAUGCCAAACCAAGUCCCCGACGACGGUUCUCGGCCCUGGAAAAUGGGUGCCCGUUGGUGGGGGAUGAGGAAGAUUCCUGUUGUGACUUCCACGAGACCUGCGGAGCCCAUUUUACACAUCCUCGAAUUCAUCCCACCUUCCCACCAGCUGAAUCAUCGCAGAAGGCCGCUGACCUUCCUCUUCGCCGGACUCGUCCUUGGAAGGUUUUCUCCCCCUCCCGAUGGGUGGAUCCCGAUACGCCGCUCAGGACAGUGGAAGCUGUCGAGUUCCAGGACGAUGGCACCUCCGAGCGGAUCGGCGGCAUACAAGAAGAAAGAUGGCACCCUGACCAUGUCUCAGGACUGCCAGUCCAUCUCGUGGAUUCCUGCGGCUGGCGGUGCGACGGGAACGAUUACGAUUCCAGUUGCUCAGAUCACUAGUAUGUGA